AUGCUAGCGAAUGUUGGAAAACUGUUCGGAAGGCCAGUCGAGAAAUAUGACCUUGAUUCCGUAUUUGUGGCUGCAAAUCCUUGCUUGAUGGAGGCAGAUCGAAAAGGAAAUGAUUUUCCGGUUGGGGCAAAUAGACAACAGAAUAAAGCUAAAACUCGUCUAAGGAGGGAGCGGUUAAGGGGUUGCAGGCUGAAACGACUGUCUGACAAGAGAAUUACGUCGUGGUGUAGCGGAGUUAUAGUGGACAAAACAUGGUGGACAACAUACAACCGAUUUAUCUAUCUCUUAUCGGGUUUAGCAAUAUCUUGUACCGAUAUUGGAGAAACGCUACCCAUCUACCACAUACAAGAGAAUCCUGUCAAGAUACAGAGACCAAAUGUCAACGUGAGAAGUAUCCCGAUGACCACAUUUUUUGAGGAAUUCUUCACUACCAUAAACCAGUGUGUUACAAUAAUUCCAGACGAUCCUCUUCGAUCCGAAAAUAUUUGA